AUGUCAAGAUUGUUUGAAAUCGUAGUAUCACAAUGUCCUCCAAACUAUCUUUUUGAUUUAGCUAAAGGAUGUUAUAAAUCGGAUUCUAUCACUUCAUUCAAAAUUACUCUUUUUAAAAACUAUGCAGCAUUAAGAAGAAAUUUAUCAAAGCUACAACCAUCGUUUCCUGGUUUGGAGUUAGUUUCAGAUCCAGCUAAUCCUGUCACUGUUAAUGUUACCAAUGGAAAUAUUCCAAUCACAUUUUGCAAGGAUCAUGGUGAAGACCAAGGUUGGCUUGUAAACGACUAUCCAUGGUCAGGACCAUGUAUAAAUGGUGACUAUAACUCCUAUAAUCUAACUUUCAAAGCAACACAAGCUCAAUCAUUUUUUGGAUUCUUCCAAUGCUCAAAUGGAUCAAGAGUAUAUGCUGGAAUGUGGGACAGUCCAACCGCUGGUAGCGAAAUCUGUCCUAAUGCCAAAGUCCAAAAUCAAUACGCUAUUUACAUUGGUGCAUUCCAAUGUGGAAACUGUAACACCGGUACAUGUAACCAGUUAACCAAUCGUUGUGAAUGCAUAUCGUCUGCCUACUCUGGAAAUUUCUGUGAAACAUAUACCAAUCCAUGCACUCCAAAUAAAUGUGUAGAUCCAUCAGCAACUUGUGUAGAGUCUUUCGAUUCCAAUGCGUAUAGAUGCUUUUGUCCAAGUGGAUAUGUUUAUAAUAAAAAUACAAGCAAGUGCGAUGAUGUCAAUGAGUGCGACCAAAAUCCUACUAUAUGUGGUACAGGACAUUGUCGUAAUGAAAUUGGUACUUUCACUUGCUAUUGUGACCAAGGAUAUACUUAUGAUCCACAAACCAUGAGCUGUGUCGAUACCAACGAAUGUCAAGUUAAUCCAAACAUCUGUGUAGAUGUAAAUGCCACCUGUGUCAAUGACAAUCCACCUACUUUCUACACCUGUAACUGCGCCUCUGGAUAUCAAUAUAUUCAGGCUCAACAUGCUUGUGAAGAUAUCGAUGAGUGUAAUUCUAUUACUCCACCAGUUUGCGGUGAAGCACUAUGUGUAAAUACUGCUCCAGGAUACAAGUGUACUUGUCCAAAUGGCUUUAAAUUUGAUACCGACACAAUGAAGUGUGUAGACAUCAACGAGUGUGAAGUAACACCAGAUAUCUGCGGAACUGGAAACAAUGCCAAAUGUGUAAACGAAAUACCUUUCUAUGAAUGUGUAUGUCCAUAUGGAUACUCUUACAACCGCCAAAACAAGACAUGUAAUGACAUCGAUGAAUGUCAAGACAAUCCAACCAUUUGUGGAACUGCCAGUUGUAACAAUACAAAAGGAUCAUAUGAAUGUUUAUGUAAUAAUGGAUUUGAAUUUAAUAAUGAUUCUAAGAUAUGUCAGGAUAUCAAUGAAUGUAGAGUAUCUCCAACUAUUUGUGGAGAAGGUCAUUGCCAAAAUGAUGAUGGUUCAUAUCAUUGUACUUGUGACGAUGGCUACCAGUUUGAGAAUGCCACCAAGAAGUGUCUGGAUAUCGAUGAGUGUACAACAUUAGAACCUAUUCAAACUUGUGGUAAUACCAAUACGACUGAGUGUAAGAAUAUUCCAGGUUCUUUCAAAUGUGAAUGUGUUAUAAAGAAUGGUUACAGUUAUAACUCUACCGUACAGGAGUGUGAAGAUAUCGACGAAUGUGUUGAAACUCCAACUAUUUGCGGAAACGAAGCCAAAUGUAAUAAUUCCAUCGGUUCAUACGAGUGUACCUGUGAAAAUAACUUUAGAUACGAUUCAGUCAACAAGGUUUGUGUCGAUCCAAAUGCACCAUCAACAACAACUCCAUCUUCAACAACCUCAACUCCAUCCUCAACUACUUCAACUCCAUCCUCAACAACAGAUGGUCUAAACGAAUCAUCGAUAAUUUCAUCACCUAAAUAUUUAUUGCUAUCAACUUUAAUUAUUUUAUUAUCUUUUAUAAUUUUGUAA